UGCCUUUCUUCCACCCACGUGGAGUAUGAGAUGCACAAACAUGGCGGCGCCCAGUGGAGAUGGAGAAAUCGUCGCUAAAAAACUAACAGUGAAAGGCCCGAGGAAAGUUGCAAAUCAGAUUCCUGAUGAGAUUCUCAAAGACCCUGAACUUCAAGAGACAGUCAGCGCUCUGCCUUCCAACUACAAUUUUGAGAUCUACAAAACGAUAUGGAGGGUGAGACAGGCGAAAGCCAAAAGAGCCUCAGAUUUCUCUCCUUGGCUGACAGAACUGGAACCCCUUUGUGGUCUUCUGCUGUUGUGGCCUGUCUACCUCAAGGUUUGAUGUGGUGUGUGUUCUAUUUUCUGCUCACCAUGAUUGCAAAAAUGGCUUUGCAGCUUCCAGAGGGGCUUCAGAUGUUUGCCUGCGUGAUCGCUGACAUUAUUGAGAGGUUUACAGGAGCAGACACACUGGUGAUGGGUGAUGUGACGUACGGAGCCUGCUGUGUAGACGACUUUACUGCCCGAGCUCUCGGAGCUGACUUCAUGGUGCACUACGGACACAGCUGCCUGAUUCCCAUAGAUGCCACAGCAGGAAUCAAGAUGCUUUAUGUGUUUGUGGACAUCCAGAUGGACACGGCUCACUUUCUUGACACACUCCGGUUCAAUUUCCCCCCAGGGCGCUCCCUCGCUCUCGUCAGCACCAUCCAGUUUGUGGCUGCGCUGCAGGCAGUCAGUGCAGAGCUGAGGCCGGAUUAUGAGGUUCUUGUGCCUCAGUGUCGACCGCUGUCUCCGGGAGAGAUCCUGGGAUGCACCUCCCCUCGCCUCGACAAGCACGUCAAUGCCAUCAUAUACCUUGGGGAUGGAAGAUUUCACUUGGAAUCAAUCAUGAUCGCCAAUCCAGAUGUCCCAACUUACAGGUAUGAUCCCUACAGUAAGGUUUUCUCUCGAGAGUAUUAUGACCAUGGAGCCAUGCGUGCCAACAGACUGCAGGCCAUAGAGACGGCGCGCUCAGCCCAGAGGUGGGGUCUGAUUCUGGGCACACUUGGUCGCCAGGGCAAUCCCAAAAUCUUGGAGCAUUUGGAGGAGAAGCUGAAGGCACUUGGCAAGUCAUUCACCCGGGUGCUCCUUUCUGAGAUCUUCCCCAGCAAGUUGGCGCUGAUGGCAGACGUUGACGCAUGGGUUCAGAUCGCAUGUCCUCGUCUGUCAGUCGAUUGGGGCACGGCGUUCUCCAAGCCUCUGCUGUCUCCCUAUGAGGCUGCUGUAGCUCUGCAGCAGGCAGGAUGGCAGGAAGUGUAUCCCAUGGACUUUUACUCCAAUAAGAGCCUGGGACCUUGGACUCCAAAUCACCCAGACAACCAACCCCAGCGGCCCACACGCAAACAGCAGAAGGCAGACUCUCACUGUGAGCGCACUGUCCCCUGUGGCUGCCAGCGCGAAUGAGCGUCGCGCGCACACACACAGCAGCAGCAACCAAUCACUGCGCAGCCUUCCCGCCUGCUGGAGACAGCCAAUCACAGGCCUACGUGCACCUUCUUGUCAGAGCAGCGUGGAUAUUGGCACACAAAGCCCUACAUCAAAUCCGCCCCUCUUAUAAUAUAUCAGGAGAGUGGUUCUGUGUGCCAGAGAGACGGGGAGCGAGAGCGAGCGGUGACCCUGAGAGCACAUUGCUUGUUUCAUAUUAUAGCAUGGAUGGCUUGUUAAAUGCAAUCUUCUUGUCUCUGUCUUCGAAAGAUCCGACCAGACACUUUGCAUUGUUGACCUUCGUGCAUUUAAUUGAGAGCAAAAUUGCAACGCUCUGAGCAAAACAAUACACUUUUCCCUUUUAGCUCUGUCAUCGAUGGUCCUGUGAGACAAAUUGCACAGCAUGUUAAAUUUAGAACCUGUUGUAUUGUGUGCUUUUACCAGACGCAAUAUUUAAUGUACAAAGCCAAAUAAAAUAUAUCAACUGCCAAACAUUUUACCGAGUACAUGUAACUGCAAAAGACAAUACAGCGUCUCUUAUCUGGAUGUCAGGACGUAGCAUAAUGUGUCUGGAAUCCAUGUCUAGACAUUUUAUACUAAAAUAACUGACUGUUGAACAUUACAGGACGCCGUCUUCAUUUAUUCAUUUUCAUUAACCACUUUAUCAGGGGCACAGUGGAUCCAGAGUCUAUUCCAGAAACAACCUUUUUUUAACUGAGUGCAAAGGUUUGCAUACCCUUUCUUUCAAACACUGGCAUCAAUUAAAAACAGAAAUCUGGUGUGCAUAAGUAUUCACCCCCUUUUGUAUGAAACCCUUAAAUAAGAGCUGGUCCAACCAAUUCGCUUCAUAAGUCUCAUAAUGAGUUGAUUUAAGAUCCACUUGUGUGCAAUCAAAGUGUCACAUGAUGUCUGUCUCAAUCAUCCUGUUCUGGAAGGACCCUGACUCUGCAACACUACUAAGCAAGCAACAUGAAAACCAAGGAGCCUCCAAACAGGUCAGAGACAAAGCUGUGGAGAAGUAUAGAUCAGGGUUGGGUUAUAAAAAAUAUCCCAAACUUUGAAUAUCCCAGGGAGCACCAUUAAAUCCAUUAGAGCAAAAUGGAAAGAAUAUGGCACCACUACAAACCUGACAAGAGAAGGCCACCCACCAAAACUCACAGACCAGGCAAGGAGGGCAUUAAUCAGAAAUGCAACAAAGACCCCAAAGAUAACACUGAAGGAGCUGCAAAGAUCCACAGUGGAGAUGGGAGUAUCUGUCCAUAGGACCACUUUAAGCCAUACACUCCACAGAGUGGGACUUUAUAGAGUGGCCAGAAAAAAUUAAUUGCUUAAGAAAACACGUUUGGAGUUUGCCCAACAGCAUGUGGCAGACUCCCCAAACACAUGGAAGAAGAUUCUCUGGUCAAAUGAAACUAAAAUUGAUCUUAUGUAGUGAAAAUUCAUUGUCUGAUAAUUAUAACUAUUCUUUUAAGUUCGUUUCUUAA